AUGGAUGUAAAUUUCUCCUCGGUUCUCAGUUCAGUGCAGCAUGAUUCAUCAAAGCGGGUUUUGACCGGCUGCUUUCUUUCUCUCCUGAUCCUGACGACUCUGCUGGGAAACACGCUGGUCUGUGCUGCGGUUACGAAAUUUCGACAUCUGCGUUCCAAAGUCACCAACUACUUUGUUAUAUCGCUGGCUAUUUCAGACCUGCUGGUGGCCAUUUUGGUGAUGCCUUGGAAGGCGGCUACUGAGAUGGUGGGAUUCUGGCCCUUUGGCGCUUUCUGUGAUAUCUGGGUGGCAUUUGACAUCAUGUGCUCCACUGCGUCCAUCCUGAACCUGUGUGUCAUUAGUGUAGAUCGCUACUGGGCCAUUUCCAGCCCAUUUCGCUAUGAGCGGAAAAUGACCCCCAAGGUGGCGUUCAUCAUGAUCAGCGUAGCGUGGACCCUGUCUGUUUUUAUCUCCUUCAUUCCCGUACAGCUGAACUGGCACAAAGCACAAAGUGCAGGUUACACUGAACUUAACAGCUCCUACGCUGAACUUCCACCAGGAAACUGUGAUUUCAGUCUUAACCGAACUUAUGCUAUUUCCUCCUCUCUUAUCAGUUUCUACAUUCCUGUAGCAAUCAUGAUUGUCACCUACACUCGUAUCUACCGCAUUGCUCAGAAGCAAAUCCGCAGGAUAUCUGCCCUGGAGCGAGCAGCAGAGAGUGCCAAAAAUCAUCACAGCAGCAGCAUAGAGUCUGAAAACUCCUUUAAGGUCUCCUUUAAGCGUGAAACCAAAGUCCUCAAGACCCUCUCUGUUAUCAUGGGAGUGUUCGUGUGCUGUUGGCUGCCUUUUUUCAUCCUCAACUGCUUGGCGCCUUUCUGUGAACCCAAUGUAGACUUCCCAUGCAUAAACCCAACCACCUUUGACGUCUUCGUCUGGUUUGGCUGGGCGAACUCCUCACUCAACCCUAUCAUCUACGCAUUCAAUGCUGACUUCCGCAAAGCAUUUUCUAGCCUUCUAGGAUGCCAACAUCUUUGCCCUGGCAGCAACUCUGUUAAGAUUGUGAGCAUCAGCAAGAACAGAGCAUUCAAGCACGGCUCACACUGUCAGCACAAGGGCUUCAUCCCCAAAGGUGGUAGCAAUCGCAGUUGUGUGAUACCUCAUAGCAUACUAAGUCAGGAUGAGGAAGUUCAGAAGAAGGAAGAGAAUUCUCAUUUUAAAACCUUGGAGAAGUUCUCUCAUCAUGUGUCAGACAACAUGGACAGCAAUGCUGACAUUUCCCUGGAGAAGAUCAACCCCAGCGCAAAUUCCUACCUCCCUGAACUUCUGGCUUAUGAGCGCUGA